GUGGCAGUUAUGAACAAAAUUACUUGGCUAAUUUGCUUGUAGCUUCCAUCUCCCGCUGCUGCUUCCUUUCCUCUUAAACCUUCUCAUCUCGACCCAAAUUUUGGUGAAAAAAGACAACAACAACAACAAUUGGAAAAGGAAAACCAAAAAAGUGGCAGCGGCCGGAUCCAGAGGAAUAUUUCCGGCCACAUUAUAUCGGCGCCGAAAUGGAAGUUCACGGGUCGUUGCUCCAGCGUGUGUUGGUGUUCAGCUUGUGCGUCGUCGGAAUUUGGACUGCUUAUAUUUACCAAGGCGUUCUUCAGGAAACUCUGUCCACGAAGCGGUUCGGGCCAGAUGGGAAUAGGUUCGAGCACCUUGCGUUCCUGAACUUGGCCCAAAAUGUGGUCUGCCUAAUCUGGUCCUAUAUAAUGAUAAAGCUUUGGAAUAGUCGGAAUGCUGGAGGUGCGCCUUUGUGGACAUACUGGAGUGCAGGGAUUACUAAUACGAUUGGACCCGCUAUGGGGAUUGAAGCUUUGAAGUAUAUCAGUUACCCGGCUCAGGUCUUGGCAAAGUCCUCAAAAAUGAUUCCAGUGAUGCUAAUGGGUACUCUGGUCUACAAGCAAAGAUACAGCUUUCCCGAAUAUGUUUGCACUCUCCUUGUUGCUGGAGGGGUAUCCAUAUUUGCACUCUUGAAGACUAGCUCGAAGACUAUCAGCAAGUUGGCUCACCCAAAUGCACCCCUUGGGUAUGGACUGUGUUUCCUAAACCUUGCUUUUGAUGGAUUCACAAAUGCCACCCAGGAUUCCAUAAAAGCAAGGUAUCCAAAGACAAGCGCCUGGGAAAUAAUGUUAGGCAUGAAUUUAUGGGGUACCAUAUACAACAUGGUCUACAUGUUUGGUUGGCCAUGGGGCAGCGGAUUUGAGGCAGUCCAGUUCUGCAAGAGGCAUCCAGAAGCAGCUUGGGACAUUCUUCUCUUUUGUCUCUGUGGUGCUGUUGGCCAGAACUUCAUUUUCCUAACCAUAAGCCGAUUUGGCUCCUUAGCUAACACCACCAUUACCACUACCCGCAAGUUUGUAAGCAUUGUGGUGUCUUCCUUGCUGAGUGGCAAUCCUCUGUCAACAAGGCAAUGGGGGUCUGUUGUCAUGGUCUUUUCUGGGCUGUCGUAUAACACCUACCUCAAGUGGAGGAAGUUGCAGAGAGUGCCGAAGAAGAGAAAGUCAAUGUAACAACAAUUUUGUACUUAGAUAUAUUCAAACCUUGUUUUCUUUUUCUUCCCAACCAAAACCUUGAUAUAAACUACCCCCUUGUUUUCCCUCAUUGCUCAUCUCAUCAUUGUAGGCAUUGAACCUUGUAGUUCAACAUUCAAAGUAUUUGUAAUGUAAUUGAACAGACCCUCGAUACAUAAGUAUUUAGUUGUAAA